CAAUCUGUUGUGGUUAUUGUUCGUUGAUUUUUUGUCAAUUAUUUUAAAAAUUCCAAGUAUGCAAUGAGGCGGUUAACGAUAUAUAGUAAUUUUACUUAACGUAGUAAAUUUGAACUUAUUGCAAUCCGCAUUUUACUAGUAAUUGCAUUUUUGGAGAGAUUAUUGCAUAUGCCUGGUAACCUCUGCAAUAAAGACACAGCAAGAUGGCCGCGAACAACACGACAUCAAUGAUGAGCAACCUAAGCACUACUACUCCAUUUGACGUUAGUGUAUACACAUGUAGUCAUGUAGGACUUAUACUUCCAGCAAUUUCAGAAUAUACAUGGUCAAAAUCAGUACGUAUAUUCUUGUAUUUAAUUGGAAUGUUGUGGUGUUUCCUAGGUGUUGCAAUACUUGCGGAUGUAUUCAUGUGCUCUAUUGAAAAGAUAACUAGCAAGACGGCAAAAGUAAGAGUUCCAGAUGCAAAUGAAUCGAGUGGGUUCCGAAUCCUCCGAGUGAAAGUAUGGAACAAUACAGUGGCCAAUCUCAGUCUGCUAGCUUUGGGUACGAGUGCACCAGAAAUUCUGCUUUCAUGUAUUGAGAUUAUAUUUAACAAUUUUGAGGCGGGAGAACUUGGACCAAGUACUAUAGUAGGCUCGGCUGCUUUUAAUUUGCUAGUUAUCUCUGGCAUCUGCAUUGUGUGUAUCCCAGAUGGAGAAGUACGCCGUGUUAAAAGUAUGAAAGUGUUUGCUGUUACGUCUUUCUGUUGCAUUUGGGCCUAUGUUUGGUUAAUCAUAGUAUUGAUUGUAUGGACCCCUAAUAUUGUUACUAUUGAAGAAGCUGUCCUGACGUUGUUGAUGUUCCCUGCACUGAUCUUGGUAGCAUACUUAGCUGACAGAGGAUUUUGCCUGAAGAAAAAGGAACUUGAACAUGAACAACCUUCGAUGGUGGGAUUUAAGAUGCAUGCUGAGAAGGGUGAUGAGGAAAGUCAAGCUCUAGAUAAAGAUUCGGAUGAUGAGGACAAUGCUGAGAUUAUGAGACUGUGCAAGGAACUUGGACAUGAUGUAAAAGAUGAAGGAUUACCAGCAGAGGAAGCAGCACAAAUGGCUGCCAGGAAGAUGACCAUGGAUCAAAGUCAUGAUCAUUUAUGGUACAGAAUAAAUGCUACAAGAACAUUUGGUGGCAGAAAGAAGCUCAUACCAAGAGUACUUGGAACUUUCCAAGAGAUUUAUGACCACAUCCAAACACCAGAGGAGGAACGUGGAGAUUUGGCAGUAACAAAGAAGAAAGAUCAUUCUGAAGGAGGAACAAGAGCCGUUGUUGAGUUUACCGCAGCUGAAACAGCUGUAUUAGAGUCUGAAAAAAGGGUCAGAAUUGGUAUUCGUCGUCAUGGAAAAAUGAAGAUACCUUGUACUGUCAGGAUAGAAACAUUGAAUGGUACUGCUGUUGCUCAUGAAGAUUAUAUUCCAUUUGACCAAGAGGUGAAGUUUGCAGAAAACGAAGAACUAAGACAGGUUUAUAUUGAAAUUGUUGAUGACAACGAGUGGGAGCCUGAUGAAUUUUUUUUUGUCAAAUUACAUGUGCCAAAGACAGAUUCUGGAGAGGAACAACAUGUUACUCUGGGAAAUAUGGCAAUUACACAAGUUAUUAUAAUCAAUGAUGAUGAACCUGGUAAACUAGAAUUUCAGAAACCAAGCAUCAUUGCCCAAGAAAGUGGACGAAAAGUUCGAGUCCCAGUACAGAGAACAGGUGGAGCUGAUGGUCAUGUGUCAGUCAAAUGGAGUACAAAAGAUAUCUCAGCUGUAACUGGCGCUGACUACGAAGGCGGAGAGGGAGAACUAAAGUUUGAUCACGGAGAAACAACAAAAACAAUCGACAUUGUUAUCCACGAUAGUAAGAAAAAGGAAAGAGAUGAAAGUUUCCAGAUUACUUUGGGAGAUUGUGAUGGUGGAGCUGUGUUGGGAAAAAUCACCAAGACAAUAGUUACUAUAGUUAUCGAUGAAGAAUUCAAUGGUCUUGUCAGCAGAAUCAUGAAUCUCACCAAAGCAAACAUGGACGCCCUUCAAAUUGAAGAAUCGUCAUACCCUGCACAAUUUGUCGAAGCAUUAAACGUUAAUGGUGGUGACUUACAAGGAGCUACUGUUUUGGACUAUAUCAUGCAUUUCAUGACUUUUUUCUGGAAGGUACUGUUUGCUUUUAUUCCACCAUGUAAAUACCUUGGAGGAUGGCCAACAUUUCUUAUCUCCCUGGCUGUGAUUGGUUUUAUGACAGCUAUCAUUGGUGACCUUGCUGGAAUUUUUGGAUGUUUAAUAGAUAUUCCUAAUUCUAUCACUGCCAUCACAUUUGUUGCCUUAGGAACCAGUAUGCCUGAUACUUUUGCCAGUAAGACAGCGGCUAUAAAUGAAAAAAAUGCUGAUAGUUCUGUUGGUAAUAUCAAUGGAAGUAACUCUGUCAAUGUGUUCUUAGGUUUAGGCUUACCGUGGGUGUUUGCCUCAAUAUAUCAUGCAGUUAAGGAUGGUGGCUCAUUUAAAGUCCCAGCUGGUUCCUUAGGAUUUUCUGUUGUUAUCUAUACAGCAUGUGCAGUUGUAGCUAUCGGACUCUUAGUGCUACGUAGAUUUACAGGUGUAUUUGGAAACGCAGAACUUGGUGGACCCAAAAUCCCUAAAAUUAUCUGUGGAAUUGUCUUUGUAUGCCUUUGGGUUUUCUAUAUUGUAAUGUCAUCCCUGCAAUCAAAAGGCGUCAUUAAUGGAUUUUAAACUUUUGAUUACCUAGUUCUAUAAAUAGGGUAAUAUUUUCUUUAAGUACCUUAAUUUACAAAUGGUGUUGAGAAGAGUUACAAUUAUCAUGUGACAUGCUAUGUUGCUUUCCAUUGGGUGUUUAUGGUUUUUGAAAGCUUUUGGUUGUAUAAUGGCAGUAUUGCAUUGUGGUAACACUAUCACUAUUUUAUGUUUGUACCUUUAACCAUCAUGAUGAUAGACAAGUCUUGCCCUGGAUUUGUAUUUAUGUAUAUAUUUUGAAAUACGUCCUACCUCUAAGAUGUGUAUAUAUAUUUUUUUUCUAUUUAUUUUGCUAUAAACAUGACAUGACAAAAAAUUGUCCUAAAGUGAACAUAAAAAUGAAACCAAUUUCUGGUUUUGGUCAAAUAUCAUUCCUCAUUUAUGUUUUUUAAUUUUUAUGUCUCAAAUUUAUGAGAAUGUCUCUUACUUUCCUUUUUUUUUUUAACUUUUUUCUAUCAGUUUUAUCUUUAUAUAUUCUUGUUACUUAUGAUUUGAUAGUUUUUCUUUGUUUCUAUUGUCAGUCAUGACAUUUUAUGACAUUGUUCAUUUUAUUUUACAAUGCAUUAGUUUUGAUGGAUUCAUUUUUGCAGAUGAAUAUAAAGGAUAUCUGUUUUGAAUUUAUUGUCAUGUUAAUAUUUACUUGUUUAAACCCACAUUUCUUAGUGGAAGGGCUAAUAAUUUACUCAUACUUAUCUUGCCUUCAUUCCUUUCUUUUAGAAUAUAAGUUUUACACAAUUUUUAAUAGUGAUGUCAGAUAUUGACAAAUUUUGGGCACUUUUUAAAUAUAAGAGCCUUGGGCAAGGCUACCUCUUAAACUGUAGAAAAUUUGUUGUUUUUCACAUAUAACUUUCUGAAGUUUGCCCUCCUCUCAACUUUUUAUUCCAUCUCUAAGCCCAUGUUGGGUCCUUAAUUGCAUAAUUUUUAGUUACUGAAUCUAAUUUUAUUGUAUGGAUUUCAAAUUUUUGGGAUGGUGCUUUUUAACUCUUGCCUUCACCAUUAGCUAGGUCAUAGGUAAUUUUUUACAUUAUGGGUAAAGGUCAAAUAUGGGUUUUGUUCAAGUUUACUAAUUUAUAACCGAAUUUAUUACUUUUGUAAAUGUUACCUAAUCUUUCUGUGGGUGGGAUGGGAUCAUAUUCACAUCAUUCUAACAAAUCAACAUUUCAGAUUUUUUUCUGUCAAAAAAGUUUUGGAUGGAUUGAGUAACUUUAGAAAUAACUAAUUUUUCAUCAAAAUGUUCAUCUACAUCUAGAAACCUGGGCAUUGACAUUAAUAAAAUGAAGUGUAGAGACACUGUAUUAUGGUCCCAUAUAAUAUUAUAUUAAUCUUAUAUAUGGUUGUUAUGUGACCGGUGCAAGAGUGCUUAUAUUUACACAAUUUUUGUGUGUAUUAUAUGUAUAUAUGACCUGUAAUAUAUUAUGCUUUAUAUUUUUAUAUAUACGCCUUUGAUGUAAUUUAUUAAUGUAGAUAAAAGUAGAAAUUUAGUCAUGUGACAGUUUACCUUAGUAUAAAGAAACAUAACAUUUGACAUCCUGAACUCUUUUUAAGAUUUUUGUUUUUUAUUUCUUUUGAUCAAAAACUCAAAGGAUAAACUUAUAAAUCUUUACUAAAAAAAAGAAUCAUAUUUCAAUUAUUAUGAAACAGACUUGCCUGUAAAAAUUGGUUCUUUCCUCAAACAUUUCCUUUUAAGAUCACUUGUCAUUUUCUCUCCAUGAACCUCCUCUUAUUUGUUCAUUGGACUUAAUAAUGGCUUUACAAUCAUGGUAGAAAUGAUAAAUAAAAAGCCCCUUUCAUUACAAUCUAAUAUUAUUUCAAGAAAGAAAGACGGUAUAUCUUUUAAUAUAUAAUAGAUCUAUAACAAAGAACAACCUUUUUGGGGAAAUAAAUAAGGAGACUAUACAAUAUUCUUCACUAAGUUCUGAUCAGUCGGUUCACAUAAUAGAUGUGAGGUAAUAGAGAAUUCUAGUGUAUGCAAACUAUUUCAUUUUGAAUUGAAUCUUCUAGAAAUGAUGCAAAGAUUUCUCAUUUUGUGAUAAUGCAAAGGCAUACAAAAUGACAGGUCCAUUGAUAUUAAUUAACAUUAUUUUCAUGUGGUUCUCUGUUUAAAGAGACUAUUCUUUAACUAGGCAAUUUUCACCAACCAUGACAGGAAUAUUUUUAAAAUGCAAAAUUAUCGAUGCUGACCCAGAAUUGACCCUAUUGGAAAAUAAAUAAAAAAUGGAUUAUUAAAAACAUUAAAGGGAGUCUGAAUAAGUAAGGUGCAAGGAUUAUCAGACAAUUGCCAUAUUUAAAAUCCCAAUAUUUGUUUUUCUUCCCAAUGAAAUAUCAAACUGGUUGGAUUUGAUAUCCUUUGCACAUGUAUGAUUUAAAAGUGCCUAAUUAGGGAUUUUAUUAUAGAAAAUGAUGUUAAUAUAUCAGAUAAGUUAGUGAUAAAAGUCUAUUAAAGGGCUUCUAGUUGUAUAUCUUGCAUUUACAAAUGUAGUUGUGUUGAUAAUACAUGGUAAAUUGUACAUGAAUUUAUAUGCAUUUAUUUUUUGCCUACAGUCAAAUAAAUAUAUAAAUAACA